AACUGUUGCACUUGUACCAAGUGUUCCACCUGUUCCUCCUGUUCCACCUGUACCAACUGUUCCUCCUGUUCCACCUGUUCGUCCUGUUCCACCUGUUCCUCCUGUUCCACCUGUUCCACUCUGUUCCACCUGUUCCACCUGUUCCACCUGUACCAACUGUUCCUCCUGUUCCUCCUGUUCCACCUGUUCCGCCUGUUCCACCUGUACCACCUGUUCCACCUGUACCAACUGUUCCUCCUGUUCCUCCUGUUCCACCUGUACCAACUGUUCCACCUGUACCAACUGUUCCACCUGUACCACCUGUUCCACCUGUACCAACUGUUCCUCCUGUUCCACCCGUACCAACUGUUCCACCUGUUCACCCUGUACCAACUGUCCCUCCUGUUCCACCUGUACCAACUGUUCCACCUGUACCAACUGUUCCACCUGUUCCACCUGUUCCACCUGUACCAACUGUUCCUCCUGUUCUACCUGUACCAACUGUUCCACCUGUACCACCUGUUCCACCUGUACCAACUGUUCCACCUGUUCCACCUGUACCAACUGUACCAACUGUUCCACCUGUACCAACUGUUCCACUUGUUCCACCUGUUCCACCUGUUCCACCUGUACCAACUGUUCCACCUGUACCAACUGUUCCACUUGUACCAACUGUUCCCCCUGUACCAACUGUUCCUCCUGUUCAACCUGUACCAACUGUACCAACUUUCCCACCUGUUCACCCUGUACCAACUGUCCCUCCUCUUCUACCUGUACCAACUGUUCCACCUGUACCACCUGUUCCACCUGUACCAACUGUUCCUCCUGUUCCACCUGUACCAACUGUUCCACCUGUUCCACCUGUACCAACUGUUCCACCUGUACCAACUGUUACACUUGUACCAACUGUUCCACCUGUUCCACCCGUACCAAGUGUUCCACCUGUUCCACCUGUGCCACCUGUUCCACUUGUACCAACUGUUCCACCUUUUCCUCCUGUUCCACCUGUACCAACUGUUCCACCUGUACCAACUGUUCCACCUGUUCCACCUGUACCAACUGUUCCUCCUGUUCCUCCUGUUCCACCUGUUCCACCUGUACCAACUGUUCCACCUGUACCAACUGUUCCACCUGUUCCACCUGUACCAACUGUUCCUCCUGUUUCUCCUGUUCCACCUGUUCCGCCUGUUCCACCUGUACCAACUGUUCCACCUGUACCAACUGUUCCUCCUGUUCCUCCUGUUCCACCUGUACCAACUGUUCCACCUGUACCAAGUGUUCCACCUGUACCACCUGUUCCACCUGUACCAACUGUUCCUCCUGUUCCACCUGUACCAACUGUUCCACUUGUUCCCCCUGUACCAACUGUCCCUCCUGUUCCACCUGUACCAACUGUUCCACCUGUACCAACUGUUCCACCUGUUCCACCUGUUCCACCUGUACCAACUGUCCCUCCUCUUCCACCUGUACCAACUGUUCCACCUGUUCCACCUGUUCCACCUGUACCAACUGUUCCACCUGUACCAACUGUACCAACUGUUCCACCUGUACCAACUGUUCCUCCUGUUCCUCCUGUUCCACCUGUUCCACCUGUACCAACUGUUCCACCUGUACCAACUGUUCCACCUGUACCACCUGUUCCACCUGUACCAACUGUUCCUCCUGUUCCACCUGUACCAACUGUACCAACUUUCCCACCUGUUCACCCUGUACCAACUGUCCCUCCUCUUCUACCUGUACCAACUGUUCCACCUGUACCACCUGUACCACCUGUUCCACCUGUACCAAAUGUUCCUCCUGUUCCACCUGUACCAACUGUUCCACCUGUUCCACCUGUACCAACUGUUCCACCUGUACCAACUGUUACACUUGUACCAAGUGUUCCACCUGUUCCACCCGUACCAACUGUUCCACCUGUUCCACCUGUGCCACCUGUUCCACUUGUACCAACUGUUCCACCUUUUCCUCCUGUUCCACCUGUACCAACUGUUCCACCUGUACCAACUGUUCCACCUGUUCCACCUGUACCAACUGUUCCACCUGUUCCACCUGUACCACCUGUUCCACCUGUACCAACUGUUCCACCUGUACCAACUGUUCCACCUGUUCCACCUGUACCAACUGUUCCACCUGUUCCACCUGUUCAACCUGUUCCACCUGUACCAACUGUUCCACCUGUUGCACCUGUUCCACCUUUACCAAGUGUACCAACUGUUCCACCUGUACCAACUGUUGCACUUGAACCAAGUGUUCCACCUGUUCCUCCUGUUCCACCUGUACCAACUGUUCCUCCUGUUCCACCUGUUAGUCCUGUUCCACCUGUUCCACCUCUUCCUCCUGUUCCAUCUGUUCCACCUGUUCCUCCUGUUCCACCUGUUCCACCUGUACCAACUGUUCCACCUGUACCACCUGUUCCACCUGUACCAACUGUUCCACCUGUACCACCUGUUCCAUCUGUACCAACUGUUCCUCCUGUUCCACCUGUACCAACUGUUCCACCUGUUCACCCUGUACCAACUGUCCCUCCUGUUCCACCUGUACCAACUGUUCCACCUGUACCACCUGUUCCACCUGUACUAAAUGUUCCUCCUGUUCCACCUGUACCAACUGUUCCACCUGUACCAACUGUUCCACCUGUUCCUCCUGUUCUACCUGUUCCUCCUGUUCCACCUGUUCCUCCUGUUCCACCUGUACCAACUGUUCCACCUGUUCCACGUGUUCCACCUUUACCAAGUGUACCAACUGUUCCACCCGUACCAACUGUUGCACUUGUACCAAGUGUUCCACCUGUUCCUCCUGUUCCACCUGUUCCACCUGUUCCACCUGUUCCACGUGUUCCACCUUUACCAAGUGUACCAACUGUUCCACCUGUACCAACUGUUGCACUUGUACCAAGUGUUCCACCUGUUCCACCCGUACCACCUUUUCCACCUGUACCAACUGUUCCUCCUGUUCCACCCGUACCAACUGUUCCACUUGUUCACCCUGUACCAACUGUCCCUCCUCUUCUACCUGUACCAACUGUUCCACCUGUACCACCUGUUCCACCUGUACCAACUGUUCCACCUGUUCCACCUGUACCAACUGUACCAACUGUUCCACCUGUACCAACUUUUCCACCUGUUCCACCUGUUCCACCUGUACCAACUGUCCCUCCUCUUCUACCUGUACCAACUGUUCCACCUGUACCACCUGUUCCACCUGUACCAACUGUUCCACCUGUUCCACCUGUACCAACUGUACCAACUGUUCCACCUGUACCAACUGUUCCUCCUGUUCCACCUGUUCCACCUGUUCCACCUGUACCACCUGUUCCACCUGUACCAACUGUUCCACCUGUACCACCUGUUCCACCUGUACCAACUGUUCCUCCUGUUCCACCUGUACCAACUGUACCAACUUUUCCACCUGUUCACCCUGUACCAACUGUCCCUCCUCUUCUACCUGUACCAACUGUUCCACCUGUACCACCUGUUCCACCUGUACCAAAUGUUCCUCCUGUUGCACCUGUACCAACUGUUCCACCUGUUCCACCUGUACCAACUAUUCCACCUGUACCAACUGUUCCACUUGUACCAACUGUUCCACCUGUUCCACCUGUGCCACCUGUUCCACUUGUACCAACUGUUCCACCUUUUCCUCCUGUUCCACCUGUACCAACUGUUCCACCUGUACCAACUGUUCCACCUGUUCCACCUGUACCAACUGUUCCUCCUGUUCCACCUGUUCAACCUGUUCCACCUGUACCAACUGUUCCACCUGUUGCACCUGUUCCACCUUUACCAAGUGUACCAACUGUUCCACCUGUACCAACUGUUGCACUUGAACCAAGUGUUCCACCUGUUCCUCCUGUUCCACCUGUACCAACUGUUCCUCCUGUUCCACCUGUUCGUCCUGUUCCACCUGUUCCACCUCUUCCUCCUGUUCCAUCUGUUCCACCUGUUCCUCCUGUUCCACCUGUUCCACCUGUACCAACUGUUCCACCUGUACCAACUGUUCCACCUGUACCAACUGUUCCACCUGUACCACCUGUUCCAUCUGUACCAACUGUUCCUCCUGUUCCACCUGUACCAACUGUUCCACCUGUUCACCCUGUACCAACUGUCCCUCCUGUUCCACCUGUACCAACUGUUCCACCUGUACCACCUGUUCCACCUGUACUAAAUGUUCCUCCUGUUCCACCUGUACCAACUGUUCCACCUGUACCAACUGUUCCACCUGUUCCUCCUGUUCCACCUGUUCCUCCUGUUCCACCUGUUCCUCCUGUUCCACCUGUUCCACGUGUUCCACCUUUACCAAGUGUACCAACUGUUCCACCCGUACCAACUGUUGCACUUGUACCAAGUGUUCCACCUGUUCCUCCUGUUCCACCUGUUCCACCUGUUCCACCUGUUCCACAUGUUCCACCUUUACCAAGUGUACCAAGUGUUCCACCUGUACCAACUGUUGCACUUGUACCAAGUGUUCCACCUGUUCCUCCUGUUCCACCUGUUCCACCUGUACCAACUGUUCCACCUGUUCUGCCUAUUCCACCUGUUCCACUUGUUCCAACUGUUCCACUUGUUCCUUCUCUUCCACCCGUUCCACGUGUUCCACUUGUUCCUCUUGUCCCUCGUGUUGCACCUGUUUUACCUCUUCCUCGUGUUUCUCCUGUGCCACCUCUUCCACCUGUUCCUCUUGUUCCACCUGUUUGUCGUGUUCCUCCUCUUCCACCUGUUCCUCUUGUUUUACCUGUUCCAGUUGUUCUUCCUGUUCCACCUGUUCCUCAUGUUUUACGUGCUCCUUUCAUUCCUCCUGUUCGAGCUGUUCUACCUUUUUCCCCUGUUCAUCCUGUUCCCCCUGUUUUAGCUGUUCCUCCUGUUCCGCCUCUUCCUCUUGUAACACCUGUUCUACCUGUUCUACCUGUUUCUUCUGUCCUAUUCGUCCUUUUCCACCUGUUUCUCCUUUUUCACCAGUGUCUCCUGUUCCACCUUUUUUACUUGUUUCUCCUAUUCCACCUGUUGCACCUGUUGCUCGUGUUCUACCUUUUCGGAAUUAUGGUUGCAAUGCCCUUGCUGUUUAUGAGAGCUGUACUGUAAAUAAAAGUUGACUUAUAUUAUAGCUACACAUAAAUAUAAGUUUUAGUUUCAUUCAAUUUUUUUUCUUUUGUUUGCAGCUUAUGUACCCACUUGUUACUGUGUUACUCUGUGUUAGUCAGAAAGCCUUUUUCCUUAGUAGCUGGCCAAGUUUCCUUAGUAUGUGUCUGGGAACUCUAAAGGUAACUAUAUACUUAGCCCUGAAAAAAAGAAACAAUUCGUUUAAAUUUAUUUAAAGUACAGAGUAAUGAUGUUGCAGUAAUGAUUGUUUAGGAAAUGUGCUUAAAUUGUGAAUCUUUUUUUAUAUGUAUCAGGCAACUGACUGGUUUUUUUUUUACAUUAUUUUCGUCUUUUCUUUGUGCUUAUAGCAAAGGGAUGUCAAAAUGCAUAAAGUAGCAAUGGAGUGUUUAUACAGAUUAGUGUGGUAAGUACAUGUAUGUGUAAUUAUGGUAAUCCAUUAGUUCCUAGUAUCAGAAAGAACUUCAGCAACUCAGUACAGUAGGCAUCCAGCUACCCUGUGAGGUAUACGUAAUGUUGAUGCUUAGAUUGGUCAAGAUCAAUCCUGCUGGGAGCAGCAUUUGUAGUUGUUUGGCAGGCAUAAGAGUCUCUUUCACAGGUUUUACAGUCAAAGUUAGACUGUGGAAUAGAGGCUUAAAUCAGCUUUGUGCUUUCUGUGUUCAGGGUUCGUAGAGGUCAUGGAAAUCCCGGAAAGUCAUGGAAUUUAAGCAUUGCACUUUCCAGCCCUGGAAGGUCGUGGAAAAUUAAAGUUUUGUUUGGUAGAUAGAUAAGUUACUAUAGAUGACAAGACAAUGACAAUGUAAGAUAAAGAGGAGUAAUUAACCAGCGCAAACGGCACAAAGUGUGGUUGACACCAGAGUUGUGUCUGUUGAACUGUUUAAAGUCCAAAAAUACACCAAAAAAGGAAAGUUAAAGUGACAGCUAAACCUAAGGUCCUGGAAAACGUAAAAAGGUCUUUGAAGACCUCAAAAGAGUAUGAAGCCUGUGUGUUGUCUUCAACUGUUGGUUCUGCUUCUCGUUGCCCCUCCAUAAUUCCUUUUUGAUCAGCCCCUAGCUGUGGAAGCAGUGCCUGUGAGAUUGAAUCCUGGCUUGCAGGUGUCCUAGAAGGGUAGUGUUGGGUGGCCUGCAGGGUGGUGUCCUGUGGCCAGUUCUCCUCUUUACAGUAAUGUUUUAUGUCCUUGUUAGGUCUUUAAACAGUAGGGUAGAGCUGAUUGCCCUCUGAUAGGUUAUCAUUUUCCAUAAAUUCAAAAACUGAUGGUUGCUUAUUUUUUAAUGUGAGACCUUAGUAGCCUUUAUGGGGAUGUAUCGCUUAACAACUUUUCUUUUUGUAGGGUUUACAUGGUGAGAAUUAAAGGUGAAAGUAACACAGCAACCGUGAGGUACAUGUAUUGAUUAAUCAUUUUAAUAACCAAGAAUUAUUUCAUGUAAAUCAACUCAUUUCCUGUCCAUAAGUGUUAAUUAGCUAAACUAAUGUAUUCAAUUUGUUUUUGUUCUUCUUUCUUUGUUAAGUCGUUUGAGAAGUAUCACUGAUGUCCUGUUUCCUCGCGGAUCACGAGCCGUUGUUCCCAGGGAAGCCCCAUUAAAUUACUUUGUGAAGAUCAUCCAGUUUAUUGCCCAGGUAAGUAAACGCUAUCUAAUCAUACAAAUCGGGAUGAUCAGAUAAUCCCCAAACUGUAAUCCAUAUGUUUUCUAUGGCACUGGUGAGGAGAAUUUGUUUAACAAUCAGUAAUUUUUCUUUACUUGGUGAUCAGGCAAUUCUUUCAGAGUCUUUUUUUUGUUGUAAAUUAUUGCUAAAAGUUGUAUCCGAUUUUCAUUUCCAGGAAAAGCUAGACUUUGCUAUGAAUGACAUCAUCUUUGACUUGCUCAGUAUUGGAAGAAACUCUCGGCAGAUAAGUCCUGAGGUGAGAUCAGUGAUACACCUGAAUUACUUCGUCCGUUAACAGUACAUGCAUUUUUAAGCUGAAGAAUUAUAUUUUUACUCAUAAUACAUUCCUAUCAUUUUGUCAGGUGCAUUUUAUGGAGAAUUAUUUUUUAUAGUGGUUCUCUGUUUUUAUUUUCAGAGAAUGAACAUUGGUCUUCGGGCAUUUUUUGUCAUCGCUGAUAGUCUGCAAAGAAAGGUAUGAAAUGAGCUUGGUCUCAAAUGUGCCUGUAACCAGGCAUUAAAUUUAUAAAAGCUCUAGACUCCGAUGCCCUCCUCCUCGGUAGAUUUGAAACCGAGGUGGCUGCCCAUAAUGCGUUUUCUCGUGGCAAUUGUGCAAACAAAUAGAGUACUGUAAACAGUAUGCCUUCAUAAGAACUCUUUUUAACACCAGCUCCAAUCAGAUGCUGCGUAGGUUUAUAGUUUUCCAUGUAUUCGAGUGUUGACAUGUUUUUUGUUUUGAAGGGUGGAGAGCCUCCUGCCAUGCCAACAAGCACUACCCCUCUACCCUCGGGAAGUACCGUGAGAGUAAAGCGAGUGGCCUCCAUGAAAAAUCUUACUGAAAGCCAGGCAAGCAGUAUUGGACUGGCAAACUACUAUCACAGGUGCUGUUGUUUAAGCCUUAAAGCCGUGCGAGUGAUCACUAUGAAAUUUCCUUCUUGUAAUACCGUAAAGCCUUUAUUUAGCCCCCCUCUCAAAUAACCCCCCUCCUUUUCAGGGGAAGAAGGUUAAAAAGCCCUCCCCUCCCCUAAUUAUUCUUCCCUAGUAAAUGAGAGACUGUAUUUAAAAAAGGUCCAGAUAAGAACGAUAGCACUGAACGGCAACGAACAUAUUGGAAUGCAAAAAAGGUGCUAACUUUUCUAUUGUCUGUACUUACUUCUGAUUGGCUUAAACCGCAAAAGUUAACAAAACUUCAUAAAGCGGUACAUAUGUGACCCUCCACAGGACUUUAAUGCUAAAGGUGAAAGCACGCGCACGACACGCUUUCACUUUAAAACAAAAGAAUUUAUUUAAACACGCUUUAGCACGCUUGCAAUCUUGGCUGAUUAGCAAUUUCUUUUGUUUCAGAGGACACGCUUGAGACAAUUAAGCGUGAGCAAGUCGAACAAAAGAGCGUGUUAAAGUUUUAAAACAAAAGCUCCGUCCGAAAAAGCACAACACGCUUUCAGUGUGCGCAAAAGCACGCGAGGCGUGUUAUCUAUAAGCUAAAUAAAUUUCCUCUACAAAAAGGAACCGUAAAUGAUUAUGAACGGCACCCUUUUUUGGUAACUAUCGAGAAAGAAAAAGUUAUACCUCAGCGAUCGCAGCGAUAGUAUUGGAUUGAAAAAACGUUGUCGCUUGAAAAGUAUAAACAGUGAAAGGUGUGACCUACUGGAUUUAUGGGUAGAACUAUAUUAGCAUUGUAAAAUCAAAGUUCUUUCCAGAAAUGUUUACUGACGAAGCUGUGCAAAGGUUAUCUUAACUUUCUUUAAUUUAAAACACAUUUGCAAUUUUCUCAGAAACAGUGAUCUUUCGGACUUAAGACACUUUCUUGCCGAUCGCAGCAAUCGCGAUCAAAUAUAAUAGAAAUCAUCAAGUGCCAGGAUCACUAAAUUCUAUUUGUUUUUUAGCGAUUGCAAGGAUAGUAGUGAUCAAAUAAAAACCAGCCUGCUUUUCUAGAUGUACCAAAAUUCCAAAACGUUUCCAACGUUGCUAUAAUUAAUUGAUCCGGCCGACAAUAACACAAAAAGCGAAACAUCAGUUAAUUAAUGACUGUUUCACCGCUUUUUGAAUAGUAAGCAAAAAAUGUAUUUUUUAACAGAAUUCCGAAAUUGUAUGGUGCUUUUUUGUUUGAUUCUUUGUUUUUGCCACGAUAAUACGGCGUGUUUAGAGUACUAAAGUUCGAUCCGAGAAUUAAAUCUCUGUCAGUCACACACUGAGAAAAGAGAAAAAGAACUAAAUUAAAAGUAGUCCGCGUGAAAUUCUUGAAGGCAAUCAUUUGUUCCAUAAAGUUCGGUCAUUGAAUUAAUUCAUCGAGCUCGAUCUAAAGGGGUGGCGGUCAAGCUACUCGAAAGUGAUGUCGUUUGAAGUUAUGUCGUCCAAAACCUGAUAAUAUGAGUUUUGUCGCCCAAAAUUCAAAGAAAAGUCGCCCGCAAUCCUCCCUCAUUCUACAGUGUUUUUAGUUCACAGAUUUUUUUUUUUUGUCCUGUGAAGAACGAGAUAUAGAACACGUUUACAGCGCUUGAUUCGUCUUAGCAUAGCGUAACGAGAUAUCUUUACAUAAAUUAUGAUUGAUAGCGCUUCGUUCGUCAGGGGCACCUGACGGCGAUUUCCUCCUAAAUGCAUCCUAGCAUCCUAGGACAACUUCAGUCUUUUCGAAAUUACAAGGGCUUCAGCUUCCCGAAAAAUUUAGCUUCCAAUUGAAAGUUUUAGGAAAGUGAGAAUUUUAUCGUAUUUUCGGUUCCGAAAAUUUUAGGAUUCCUUAAUUCUCUAUGAAAAAUAGCUUAACUGGGGAAUGAAAUGGAAAAAAUUAAACUUCAGAAAAUCGUAAGGAAUUUAUUAGAUAACCUUCGAAAAUUGUACAUGCAUGGAACGGUCAUCUAGAAAUGUUUAGCCUUCCUCAACCUAUAGAAAAUUCUAGGCAGUUUUUGUUUCUCCGAUUUAAUUACCUUCGUUCGUCUCAGCAUGGCUUAAAGAAAUAUAUUAAACUUAUUUAUUCAACUUCAUUUCUGGCAUAACUAUAAUUUUCAGGCGACAUAACUUCAGUGCCUCGCAUGCGAUAGCAGGCCUCUUUGCGAUUCCGGUCAACAGCCGACAGCCGGAGGAAUUGGUUUACACUGAUCUCGCGUUAAUUCCAGGCUAGACCACCAUUAAGUCGUGAUUUUCAAAUGGCCACGGUUACUAUCAAGUUCCAAAACAGUCUCAAUUGGUAUAUUUGAUUCACUUCGACCAGUUAUCAAUGCUGAUUAAAUCCGCUGAAAGCCCAAGCCAUUUUUAUUAUCUUAGCGGUUUUAGUAAUCAAGCGUGUUCAGCGUGUCUUACCCAAAUUGCACGCUAACCGUGCUAUAAUUCGCACACUUACCGUGACAUAUGGCACGCUACAAAAAAACAAAAGGUCUAGCGUGUUAAAUUUGCGAAAACAAAGGCAAGUGUGUCCGUCUUUGUUUUUUCAAUUUAAUAUGCGCAUAUCCGUGAUCUACGGCACGCUAGGCGUGUCGUGCAAGCGUGUCGUGCGCGUGCUUUCACCUUUAGCAUCAAAUUCCUGUGGAGGGUCACAUAUAUUCAUCCUUACUUUCCAACCGUCUUCCAUAUAACAAAAUCUGGUCUCAGUUUGAAUAACAAAGAAAUCCUAUGUGGGGAACAUGUAAAAUUGUAAACUUUUCGUAGCUAUUGUUUUCAACUCUUGUGAUUGGUCAAAAUCUUUUAACACAAAAAAAACACUCUUUCAAAGUGGAGUGUAAAUACAUUUUAUUGCGUAAACGGCCUUCAUGUAGGUUUAUGCAUUCUCUGUGUAAAAAUGAGAACAAUCCUAUUUGGGGAAAGCACCGUUGCCGCAUAACAAAAGAAAUUGCUAUCCACCUUACACGGAUCAUUACUUGAUCAAUCACUACUGUAAAACUUCGUGUAAACUGAUCCGGAAUCGUUUAUUUACCAACUGAAAGUUCGUCUUUUUUGAGUAUACGUGAAAAAAAACUUACGUCAAUCUCGUCCAUGUUGUCGUUCUGGUCAGUCCUCGAAUCUAAAGGUCUCUAAUACUUGGUCGUGGCUAACUAAUGCAAAGGAUGUUAAACGUGAGUACGUCUUUCAAUUCACAGCAUCAUGAGGGCAUUGGACAGCAUCAUAAGAGCCUUAGAUGUCCAAGUUGGAAAGCCCAUGAUGAUGACGAACUCACAUUGCUCGCAAAAGGAGCAGGAAGAAUUUUCUGCGUUAGUAUCAACUUUAAAGUGCCUUAACGCCAAGGUGUUAAAAAUCAAGCAUUUUCAUUUUGUAAAAUCCUGUAAAAAGCAGACUUUCAAAUGUUUUCAAUGCGAAUGUUUUUUUGGAGAGUUUUCAGUAACAUCACGUGAAAGUUCUUCUUAGUAGUUGACGUCGACACGAUUGAAUCGAUUUUAACCAUUACGUUUGCAUUUUUAGUUUUUGGGCUGAAAGAGUCAGUGAAAUUGUUCACCCUACAUCUGAGGCUUAUUUUCUUCUCUUUUUUCAUCAAAUUUUUUUACCAGAAUUCAGUCUAACUGAAUGUCUGCUAUUCUGUUUUUUUGCAGGGGUGAGAGAAAACCAAAGGUUGAUCCUAAAAUAGAACUUUUUAGGACAUGCAUUGCUGCAAUUCCAAGGUGUUAAUUCUUAAUUAUAAUAGUUGAAAGUGUAAAAAGAAAAAUGAAAUUGGAAACAUUCACUUUUCGUGGAAUGUUGGCUUUAGAAUGUCUUUGUAUUUGGGUUUUCUUUUGAAACGUUUUUAUGCUGGAAACUUUGAACUGAAAAUAUCAAUUGUCGAAUGAAAGCAUUCCGAGAACAAAUCGAAAAGCUUCCACGUGUCAAUCUUAUUCACAGCUCUUUUCUUUGAAGGUGUAUUCCGGAAGGCAUGACGAAAGUGGAAAUUGUGGAUGUUCUUUCCCGUCUAACUGUUCACAGAGAUGAAGAACUGCGAGUGUAAGAGUUUCAUUGUAAUUUAAGUUUCACUUUAGUUUUUCGUAACACGAUUGUUUCUUUGAGCUACUAAUCGAGGAAUGUUCCAAAGAACUUAAAAGUGUGCUUCGAAAAUUUGUCAGCGCAAACGUUUUUUAUGCGGAAAAUUUAACCUCUUUUUAGCCGGGUCACGGCGAACCGGGUUGAAAAAAGUUUGCCAUGUAAUAACGCUCGCCGGCAACAGGACAGCGGGGAAGACACUGCUCAUGCGCAUUGCUUCCAGUCUCUCUGUAAACGUGGCUGCUUCAGGAUUGAUUGUCUAAUGUAAUGCCGGGAUAAAAGUGACCUCGGCAAACCAGGCCAGCCCGGCAAACAGGGCUAGCCCGGGUUGUGUAAUCCGGCAGCCCCUUAAAGCCUUUGCUUUGUGCGCUGUUUGUAGGUUGGCCCUGUCAGCUCUUCAAUCUCUUGUACUUAACUUUCCGGACUGGAGGGAGACCGCCAUUCUAGGUACGUUUAUGCACAGCGUGUUAAUUUUGUUAUUCGUCAUUAAAUGCCAGUUGCAUGUUGUCUGAGGAUUAUAUCUGUUUUUCCCUUUGUUUUCAUUGCGAAGUACAUCUGUUAUUCUUUGUCAAGAAGACUGAAUCUUUGUUUCUUACUCGUUAACACCGAAUUCAUGACGAGAAAUCUUUGAAGGGCGUUUGACUAUUGAAUUCUAAUCGCUAACUGCGUUUCCUUUUGAUUCAUCCCAUAUCCAGAUACUCUGUGGUCUAAACCCACCAAGAGCCCGCUCUGAUAUAUCGUUUGAACUUGGGGUCAUUAUACAGUUCUGGGAAACUGCCCACCUACCCGGCCCCUUCCCUACGGUUGCCUAGAUAUCGGAUAAAAACUUCUUUCUAAUUAAGUGAAAUGUCAAAAACAAAUGUUAACUAAAGACUCGUUACUUCUUGUAGGUUUUGUCAAUGCUAUUCAGCGUGAGAUUCAAGACAACUUGCCGUCGCUGCUGGACGGUGCAAUGCGCAUGUUGCUUCAGCUGUUAGGUCAUUGGAAGACUGCUCUCUCCGCUGGUCACGGAGAUUUUAAGGUGGGUAACAGCUACGAAUUUUAUUUUUGUUUCCUACAAAGGUAGCCGAGGGUUAUGCUUGUAGCAGUCCCCAGUCGCCCUUGUUAAGGCAACAAAGAUAUCAGUGCGUUGUAGAUCUAAGAUGAUCACGGCGGCCGUCGGUCAGCAUUCGCGGGUAACAAUGAAGUAACGUCAGUUGCGCACCCAGAGACUUUUGGCGGGAAACAGGUUUAUUGUUAAAGGUCAGGUGACCUCGAAGUCGCCAAUGAUGGCGCGUGCUUUUGGGGCAAAAAGAUGCUAGGUCGCACACAACCUUUUUUCUAUCUCACAGGUAUAGUCUUUGAUCCUUUAUGACAAUUGCUUUCGUUAUGUUUCAGUCUGGACAAGAUAUACAGUUGGAGCUCUCCGCUCAUAGCCUGCCAAAUGAAAAAGAAGUUGACAGAAUAACAGUCUUACACAGCGUGGAAGGCUUCUCGCUUGUAAUGCUUUGCAGGUACAUUUAAGCAUAACCACACGCCAAUUUUUAGGCGUAUUACUGAAAUGGCGUAGGGGUUUAUCUUAAGUCAACAUUAUAAUUUCGCUAAGGCUUCUUUGUUUUCUGGCCUUCCACCUUUCCAUUUCCCGUUUUUUUCUGGUUCCCUUGCCGAAAGCAUGGUAGCCUGCGAGCAAGCUCUCCAUUUGGGGUAGAUCGUGAGAAUUCACUUGCGAGCGGCACGCGAAAAAAGACGCGACAGCAAGAGGCGUUCCCGCACGGCUCGCUACGCUCGCUACUCAAACUAAAGAGCUUUCGUGCGGGCUAAAGUCAGGGAACAACAAACUCACAUUGCAAGAAAGAUCCCUUCUGCUGCUUGGAAGGUCUGAUGGCCUAGCUAAGGAUUUGCUUCGUAUUUAGCGCGCACACCUUCACAUGAUAAUCUAUCAUGAUAAUAGCUUAUCUUAUUUGCGUUUCAUUGCAGUAUACAUCCCAUGAUAAGAAAGCUGGCCUUUCUUGUCUUGAAGGAAGUUCGAACUUUGUGCAGUUUAAUGGAUCUGAGUGAGAAGGUAAAAGAGAAUGUUGCGUGAUAUUUAACUAUUUUGCGUUGUACUUCAUGAUGUUAUCACUCUGGCCCCUGUCGUUCAUACGUUGGAAAGCGCCAUCCACCAGAUAAAUCACUAUCCAGCGGCUAAAGGUGAUAUUACACGAGACGAUUCGCAGGGACGAUUUUUAGCGCAACACAGCGUUGCAACAUUGUUGCGAUAUUUUGUCGAAUGGUUGCAACGUUAUUCCAACAUUACAACGCUGUGUUGCGCUAAAAAUCCCUAUACGUUUCCUGUAAAAGUAGUAGCAAGAAGGUGUUGAAGUAUCAACUCAUUGUAUCUUGUGUGAUCAUCUUCUUUGUUCUCAUCACCAAUCUGUGUUAUAAAACAUUGAUAUCACAAGGAGAACUUUGAUCCUGAUCACUCCUAGGGCUUAAAGGGUUAAAUUGGUGUCCGACCUACGAUGAUAUCUGUACAUAAAGUUAACUUAGUUAACUUUGGUGGAACCCGAGAAAAUCAUUCAUGGUCGUACUGUUUUUUUCUUUUGUAGGAAAAAGCUGAGAAACCUGUGCUUGAUGUCAUAGAUCAGGUGUUUCCAACCGUUCUUGAGAAAGUUCUUCAUUCCAUACCACAAAGUGAGAAGGUAUGAUACUCACUCUGGUCUGGGUAAUGAAAUAGUUCUAACUUUUGAGUCUGUGGACCAAAUCCUUUGGAUUCAAAUGAAACCUCUUCUGAGUACCUUUUAUCAUGGUACUACUUGUGACCAUUCAAAAGUAAUGCAAUGGACAGAACGUUUCGCCUUGCGAUGCUGUUUAUUAUACUUUACAAGGUAGUUUUUGGAUGAAAUCCAAUGUUUUGCCUUUGAGGUAAAUCAUCUCACAUGCAGUGAUUUCUUUUCUGCGCUUUAGUUUUUGUUUAGUUUUGCCACUAAGCCCUCUGGUGUAAAACGAUAAAGUUCCUGCACGUUAAGUAAUCGAUCAAUCCUUUGUCAGCUUUUCACAGGACCUGUAGGUAAUGUCGACAUCUUAACCGUGAAUGAACGUCUGACGGGGAACAUGGACAAGGAGACUGGGGAACAGUUGAACGUGGGUUUACACAGUUCUUUCUGGUCAGCGCUCAUGGCAGGUCUACUAAACAAGUGGUACCUCCCAGAACUAUGCCCGUCUGCUUUACAAUAUAGUUGGCCUAACGUCUUCAAUCGUCUAAUUACUGUGUAUUCGUUUAUUGAUCCAGGGUAUGCGCACGCUACUUCUGUUUUUACGUUUUGUCAUACAGUUUAAAUGCAUUUAAAUUGAAUUUAAAGGAAUUAACAGCUAAAAGCGCCUUAAGUGUCAGAGGUCAGCGUUCUUUUGGUAUGCGCACGCCCAGUAGCUCGCUACAUUGGUCAUGUGAUUCAUUGGGCGCGUUCAGGUUUCCUUCGUGCUGGGUUUUUUCAGCCGAUGAGGUUCUCUAGGGGCUGGCUGGCGAUAGUGGAAGCCCUUGGAUACUCCAGGCAUCCAACCUCCAUUUUAGCGAUGCAGUUGUUAAUCUCCACUAACGGCCACCUCUCCACAAUGGCCACUUUCUUCUGUCCCCAAGGUGGCCUUUGUGGAGAGAUUCAGCAGUACUAAAGGGGAUAGAUCGUGCAACUGUACAUGUAGGUAAUUUCAGAACUUACUGAAAGAUGAUAAAAUUCACUGAAAUGUCAAAUACGUACUGAAAUGAAGCGCAAAACAGAAAAGCUAAAAGGUGGCACCGUUGGGCGAAACUGGCAAAGAUUAAAACACAUUGCAUUCAGGUAGACUUGAAAAAUAGCGGCACGACUUUCGUUAAGUUUGAAUGAAAAUGUGAUGUAAAGCGCUGGGAAAUCACGUCUUGUUUAGGUGAUACGUGGCCGUGAUUUUUAAAUUAAAAAAACCUUUUUCCCACCCAAUUUGUAGUUUAAAGCUCGUUAUUGACCAAAAUAAGCAAAAUCAUCGAAAAUGCCGUGAACUAGCCACUUUCCUUUUGCAGUGGUGCUAAACAACUUCUUCUUAUUUGCAGUGCUUCUGGAAUAGAUUCUAUUACCAGCCUUUCGUCAGUUUACAGCAGAGGUUCAACGAAAAAAACCAUGAACUUGAACCAUGUUUGUCUGUGGAGAAAUUAUCUCAUCUUUGCCUGUUGUGCUUAUCCUCGGUCUCCGCCAUUGAGGAGCGAUUCCUCAGAGCAGGAUGGGGGGUGAGUAGUUCACCGUUAUUUUUAUUACCACAUAGUGAAGUUCUUGUCGGUAGGAUAAGCUGUCGCUGGCCUCGGAAAGUACCUAUUUGGGCAGGAUUAACAUACUGCUGGGCGUGUCCCUACGAUGGCCUAGCAUCCCUUUUUACCUUAAGUUUGUCUUCAUCUUUCCUCAACCUCGAUUAGCCUUUCAUGCUAUUAGCGGUGGGAAAGUAUUUUUCCGAUUUAAUAACUGUUGUAUUGAACUAUGUGGAAUAAAAUUGUUGUUGUUGUUGUUUUUGUCUCUGGUCUCGAAUUGCACCCUUACCCUAAGAAAAACUUGUCAGGUAAACCACGAACAAAAAAUCAAAAGGAGACAAUUUGUUGCAUCUAGAUGUUUCAACGUUUAUUGGUGAAAUAUUUAUUAAAAGUGGGACAAAAAAAUCCUUUGUGGAUUGCCCGACAUACUGCAGGUAAUACUUGGCGGGCUAUAUGGACAUGGAGUUUGAUAUCGCUGCAAAUGUCAUGUUGCUAACGUCUCUUUUACUGUACUUUAAUUUUUAGAACAUCGUCUGAAGGUUCUGAAACCAAGGGAGACUCCAGAGUAAGUGUUGUCACCUGAGUUUAAGGUGGAGUUGAUAGCUUGUUCGUUGUAUCUUCCACAGAAUGUGUGAUUCAUGAAGAAGAUUCUUACAAAAAACUGCAUGUGUUCGAGCUGCAAAGUAUUAAUUUUUUCUUUUUUAAAAAAGCAAAUUCCGGCCAAGUCGGCAACUUGCGCGGAGGAAACAGACAUGAUAGAAAUAUUGUUACUCUUAUUUGAAUAAGCAUUAUGUUUGCGAGAGUCAACUAAAUUUGGAGCAACUUGCGAAGAAAACAUUUCAACUUGUUACCUUACAACUUGCACUCAUCUUUUUUCUAGCCACCCUCUCCGAGCAUGGUGGACAGUUUGUUCCGUUUUGCCGUACCAUUGCUCAAGAGCGAUUGCUAUGACAUCAGAGAGGCAGUUAUUGUUGGGCUUGGACGAACUAGCCCCAGUUCUUACAGGUAAUAACAUUGCUAUAACGACUUUAUUUUAAUAUAGCUCAUCUUCAUAACUUAAGACCUUUUAUAUCAGGUCGAAGGAAUAUUUAUCGAAGUAUUUUACAAGGAAUUGCUUUAAAUUUGGCUGUAUUGACUAUUUUCGAAUUCCCCAUAAUACACUCUGUUUGCCCCCCAAAUUUUGCAUAACUUAUUGUCUUAAAAUGCUCUUGGGAAAAUGCAAUACUCCCAGGAGCAUUUAAAAACAAUGGUUUAUGCAAAAUUGGGGGGGCAAACAGAGUGUAUUAUGGGGAAUUCGAAAACAGAGAAUAAAACGGCGAGGUCAAUAACGAGAUCUUUAAUUACUUGCAGAGAAUUUCUUGACGAACUUCAAUUCCCUGUCCUCCGCGAGGUUCUUGACAGACGAGCAGAGGUAAGGCAAUAUUGUGGCCGGAAAAUGUCGUUAAAUUAGAGAGCUUUACAUUUGGGGACGAGAACGAGAUUUAACUUGAAGUUGUCGCGCGUGUUCUCAAAAAAAAAAAAAAGACACCCCGGAAAUCUUCAUUUUACUUUUUUUUCACGUAAAAAACAGUACGGUUAUUUAUACUGAAUGAGGUUAAGCCCUCUCCCUAUAGCAAAAUGAUAAAACUUGUUACAUUUAAUAACUUGUUCCUGCCACUAGGACAUUCUCGCUAAAACUCGUAAUGGCUAUCACGUUUCCCGCCGAAAUGAGGCUAGUUCACGCGUGAGCAAUACUCAGUAUUGAGAAAAUCUCUUACUCGUAGUCGUCCUCCACCGUCUCAGCAUCUAAAGCUCUCUAUUUUCUUUUCCAAGCGAAUGCAGAAAAGAAUUUGCAUAUCAGGGCAGUCAGCUGAAAACGUACUCCCGUUAUCCUUUACUUGCAGAGUGUGAGAAGAAGAAGAAAGCGAGAUGUGCUAAGAGCACAUUUGGUGCGGAUAUUUGAGCUCAAUGCUGAACAUGGCUGUUUCAAUGACAGGUAAGAAUGUGCGAUCACCAACCCUUUAGUGACGGCAAAAGAAUUAUCAUGAUUAAAAUAACCUUUAUUUGUUUCUUGUUAGUGCCAGUGAACUUGUGACUGAGGAUGGAUUAAGCCCAACCUUUAUUGAGUACAUCGAGGGAACCAGGUGAGAACUUUUGUUGUUUACACUUUGCAACAAAGAGGGCAUGAGAUCCAAGCGAUACAGUUCUAAUACACGAAACAUAAUAUCUGGACCGUUAUACUUAAACACGAGAAGGAGUGUUUUAUCUGAUAUGCAAACACCGAGAAGUGAUAUAUAAAACACUAUUAGGAGUGUUUCAUCUGAUGUCCAAACAUGAGAUCCAGGAGAUUCAGCCUUGGUCAGACAACAAGACCCUUACACAACGAGCGAUAUCUUGAGGAGUUGUAAGCUAUUUCAGAUGCUUUACCAAACACUGGUGAGAGUGUUUCAUUUACCAAUCCAGUUUUAGUUUGGAUAUCAGGUGGAAAGCUUUGUGUUUUUUUUGCGCAGAAAAAUAAUCUUCGUUUUUCAAUAACAAUAAUCUUACUGUUUCCGGUUUUUGACACAGGAGUUACCUUGAGAGUGAAAGCGACAAGGACAUGCCUGCUGUGAUGCAGCUUAGACUUCACUUCGCGCGCUUCAUCUACAAGAUGAUCACCUCCGUCCCUGGUGAGUCAAAACCUUAUAUUUGCUGGCGGCCAAGAAAAGCCCGCAAUCAUAACCUUUCGAGCUGUUCAAAAUCAAGCUUGCGUGAGCUGUUAAACGCGGGGUAUUUUCAUAUUUUUGUAGUCUUCCACAAGGAAUGACAUGAAUGCAAAAGUGCAGUGUUACCUGUUACGUCACACACGGCAACAGUCACGGAGUCGGGAGAGUUAUCCAUGGCUGAUGUACUCACGUGGGUACGAAAAAGAUGCACUGUUAAGACUUGAGCAAGUCAUGAACUGUGGCCCGGGCCCGAGUUGUUUAAAAUGUGGCUAUCGCUAUCCACUAGAUAAAUUUCUAUCCAGUUGAAACGUUAUCCGCUGGAUAGUAAUUUUUCCGGUGGAUAGCGCUAUCCGGGUUCAAAAACAACCGGGGCCAGAGAGAAGCGAAUACAAAGGUUUUUGUUGCACUCAGAGAGCAAUCAGGAAAGUUUUUGCAAAAAGAGUCACUGCUCGUCUGGUAGCUCUUUUCUGGCCACUUGUUUGCCUUAUAAGAAUGUCACAUUUACUUUUUUUAUGUAUUUUUAUUUCUGCAGCCUCUCUUCAAAGAAGUCUUUUACCUGCUGACAUGCGCUGUAGCCUGUUUUUCCUGUUCAGCAGUUGGUGUGCCCACUUUGGAGUGAAGGCUUCUAGACUUGAAAAGUAACUGUCUCUAAUGCUUUGUACAAAUUGUAGCUUGCAAUUACAGCACUGCCUCAAAUCGCUCUUCGCCACUGGGGACGUUUUGCGAUAGAGACUUCUGUGUUUUUGACUCAAGAUUUAAAAUUCGUUACUUUUGACAUGAAUAAAUGUUUAUGCAAUAAAUCUGACUGUCAUGGGGUGUUUUUGUGAGAGACCUCAAGAGAGGCUCAGAUCGAACAUGGAUUAGUAAAUAUUGUUUUUGUCCGCUUGGACAGUCGUUAGCUUAUAAGUUUGUGAAGGCAGUAAGUCUCAUUCUUCAGGUCGUUUAGUCGAUAUGCAUUAACAAAAUUGUUUUCUUGAACUCUUUUAUUUUUUUAGAACUCCGCUUGUCCCAAGUGCACAGAGCAAUGAUUUGGAGCUGGCUUCUCUUCAUGUAAGUAUUAGAUCUAACUUUGGGUGUUGAUAUCAACCAGGGUACUCUGUAAGGCAUUCUAAAAAAAAAAAAAAAAAUGUAUGUCCUUCCUUUAUUUUCAGGCUAUGUGUGGCUUGUUGCAGUGUGGUCCUUCUUUCGAUCCAAAUGGCCUAGUCACCGGUGGAUACCUUUAUAAGUGGCUACAGACGGUCCUCAACUCACCGAAAGAAAAGGUUGGUCUCUUACAUUGUGCGAUAAGUAAUGUAUUAAUCACGACGUGCAGUGUUUCAUCUGGCUUCCAGAUAUUAGAGAAGUGAGUUGAGAAAUGGGGCGAAGCUAAGUGUUUUUCAAGACCGACUUCGAAGUGUCUGAAUAUCGGUUGAAACAUCGAGUAGCCUGUUUCAGGCUCCAAGAUAGUCCAGUCCGCGAAAUUGAGAAAGCUCGAACACGAGAGUAAAACGGGAGGAAACAGUGUAGAGGAUGUCUCUCUCCAUUCCUUUUAACCGCCACCGCCCGUUUUUCCUGGAUCACGCGCUCGCAUUGUUUCACGUACGCGUCGUCCCUACUAUCUGAGAGCCUAGCACAGGCUAAACAUUGAAUAGAGUGUUGAUAUAGCCUCACACAUAAACACUUAUUCUUAAGAAAUUCAAAGCUAAACGUCGCAAAAUUUCUUGAUGAUUAAGAUCCGAUGGCCAAACACGAAAAGGAUUUUUUUUAUUCGAGGUGCAAUUUAACAUACGCGAGGAGCGUUUCAUCCGAGUGAGUUUACGCAACAGGACGCCAAGAAGACGAGGACGGCGAAACGUUUGUGUCUGACAAACGGGACAGGUCAACUUUGUCACACAAAGCUUGCCGUCUUCUUUCCUCUCCCGUCCUGUUGCUUAAGUUCAGUAAUAUAUCGUCCAGCCACGAGGAAGGUGGCGCAACUAAACCGACCGAGUGUUUUUUUCAUACCACUUUCGAGGUAUAUGGAUCUCGAACAUAUACUACCGCAAGUUGUCUUGUGUGUUUUGUCAUUAAAUAGGCGGCAACGUUUUUUCUGAUGUCAAAAUAGGUUUCGUUAAAACUGACUUUGCUGUUUGUGAUUUUUGUCUUAACAGAUUCAUCAGUUAGGACAUGAUACUCUAGUCCACUUGCUUGAAAACAACGCUAACAUCCCGUCCCUACUCCAGUGGGUUAUAGACAAGUGUUACACGGGUGCGAGGCUGGUGGUCAGUGGCUGCUUCAAGGCGCUGGUUACUGUUUUCACCAAGAGGUAGCCUGGUUUUUCCCUGAAAUUGCCAAAUUUCUCCCCUCCUCACCCCACACAACCUUUUCAGCUAGAGAAAGUCUUGAUAUAGGAUCCCGUUCAAACGUGCGUUGGGCUUGUUUCACUGAUAAUAAACAUAUCCUUUUUUUUCAGUGACUACCCUUGUGAUAUGAUUCCAAUUCUAAACGUGGUGCUCUUCAAGACUGCAGAUUCUACGCUGGACAUCAGGGAAAAGGCGGCUCAGCUCCUACAGCUUCUCGAGAGGUAUUGGCUCUUCACCUGUUUUUUUUUUUUGCAUCGUGAAGUUGAGGUAAUGAGUGGGUGAAUGAAUGAAUGAUCGAAUGAACGAUCGAAUGAAAGAAAGAUAAAGUGAUCGAGAGAACGAUUGAGUGUCUGAGUGAAUGAAAGAAUGAAUGAAUGGUCAUUGUAACAACUUGUACGGUAACAUGUUCACUAGCUAGCGACUGGCUUAUCUUCUUGUAACUUCAUAGUGUUAGUUUUUAAGCAAAUUUUGCCCAACUGCCCAGGAGAACAGUCCAGCUUAGGCGUGAAUUAAAACGCGAGAUGUCGAUCCCUUUCCAAGGAGAAUCGGUUUAGGGGAUAAGAGCAGCUAUUUCAUGGAUGAAAGGUAAUUGUUGGGAGCGAUUUGAGAUUCGUUUUCAGUUUGACACUUUUGUUCUCGAAUGUUUUGUUCUUCUAGGCGUUUUUUCCCUUUCACAUCACCAAGUUUGUCCUGUGGAUCACGAUGUGCAUACUCUCAGUGCCAGAGGAACUUAUCUCAAGCACUGGCCACAGCUCACCCGGAAAUCACCAUACAUAUGUUUGAAGGUUGGUUAUCUGAUAUUAUUUAAACAAAUCAAUAACAAUUUGCAUACAGUCGACUCCCGGUAACUCGAAUCCUCUAUAACUCGAACCGGCAAAUUUUAGCCUAAUAGGUUCUUUAAAUCCAGUUUCUUAGUCGCGGGGUUUUAGUGUAUUAAAAGCUUUGAAAGCCACAUCAUGGUAUAGUUUUCUCCCAAAGUCGUGCACCCACUACAGAGAGAGAAGUUUGUCUCUUUUAUUGAAGGUGUACUUAGCAUAGUUUGAGUUUGCCAGGGGCCAUGCCAAGGUAUGACAAAAAAAAGAAAAACAGGAAAAUGCAAUGUUAUAGUUUGAAAUUACUCUCUUUUCUGACCAACAGAGAUGACCGCUCGAUUUGAGAUGACUUCUCCGGUGGGUCAGCGGUGUAUUUUGCAGUACAUGCUCCCAUGGCUAGCAAACAUUGAGCUGGUGGAUUUGUCAAAUGCCUCUCCCACUCCCCCUGAGUUAAAUAUAGAAACAACUGAAGACGAAGAAAAGGAUGCCAUGUCCCCUGUGGUAUUAGAGGGGGAGGGGUGGGGAUCACUUGAGGCCACGCAAUUGGUCCUCAAUAACCUGUUCUACAUCACUGUUAAGGUAAAGGGCAGUUCUGUUGCUAAAUCAGCCUAAAUUCUCGUUUAAUCCCGCUGUAGAAUGACGACGGCUAUCACGAUUUCCGGCCAAAAUGACGCUGGUUCAAGCGCGCGCACUACUCAGUACUGAGAAAAUCUCGUUCUUGUCCUCAAAUCUAAAGCUCUCUAUUACCAAUGAUCUUACAAGUAGUACUGCCUAUUGGUACAGUGUGAAGACUCCGAGUUACCCUCUGCAUUAACCCUCCGAGUGGUAUGAUUAGUAACACCGUCUCUAAAGAUGUAUGUAACGUUUUGUAGGAGUGUUUGAGCAGUUUAAGUGUAUUUGGCCUUGUUUUCUUACUUCACCUGACGUUAUCUUUUCAGUAUGACGUGCAGUUUUCUAAAGAGAUUGAAGAGGCCUGGGGCAGCCUUUGUGGUCGUUGGGUCAACAACAUCCAUGAGAUCCUGGGAUAUCUAAUAGCACUCGCUGGUGUCAUUGGCAGCUCGGAAGUCCUUGUCCAUGUAAGUCACGCCCGUUUUGUUUGCUCUUGCACUAGCAAGAAUCAUGUGCUCAUUUUCGUAAUAGUGAUGAAAAUAGUUAAGCUUCUUACUGACUCGUACAAAAUAAUUAAUAGUACUACACUAGCAAAUUGCCGAAGAGGCUGUGUGAAUGGAGAUACUUUAGGAGUUUAAUCCACAGAGUCAAAUGGUAGAACCACACUUAUGCGACAUAAUUAAACGUACUACAGGUAAAAAUUGCUCAUAAGCUUCAUGUGAAUUAGAACCAGUUAAUCAAUGUAAACAGCACCAUAGGAAAUUACUGCUCAGUGGUUUUUACUUUUUCGUUAACAACUACAGCUGCGUUGUACAGUGUUUCAAACACGACCGCAUUUUGUUGAUUUCAAACAAACGUUCACCUAUAAUGAUUUUAAUACUGUAGCUCUGUAACAUCUCCAACUGAGUAAUUUGUUGUUUUUGUUGCUUGUUUAAGGCCAAAAAGCUUGCUGUGUAUGUAGGUCGUGCAAACCAACAAAAAACCAUUGAAGAGCUAAUGGAAGAACUCAAGGUAUUAUACUGUUUUUAGCUGUAACUGAAAUGCUUUAAUCACAGGUUAGUACUUAAGUGGUAUUGAACAAGCCAGUGGAGGACAUUGCAUGCCAACUCAUGAAUACGUUUGCCCAGAAAUGAAAGCCCUUGCUGAUUUUAGGUAAUCCUUCCCCUCUUCACGUUGAGAUUAGUCGCGUCCGUGUUACCUGUAUAACUAAAGCUGAUGUUACACGGGACAAUUUGCAACACAGCGUUGCAAUGUUGGUGUUGGAACAAUGGUUCAACCAUUCGAAACAAUGUCGCAACAAUACUGUAAUGCUGUUCUUUGCUGCGAAUCGCCCCGUGUAACAUCACCUUAAUAGAUGGCACCAGCGGAGAUGUGCCUCUUUUCUGUCAGUGUAUAUGGUUACCCGUUCAAAUGUUGUCAGGGAAAUCUUAAGAUGACGUCCUGGCCUAGGAAAAACGGCUUAUUUGGUGCGUUUAGUCUUCAUCGCGUUUUCAUUUUUCAGCUUACAGAAACAGUAGCUUCUCAAUUCGAGCGCUGUGACGAGCCACCAUAUUUCCGACCUCUGAAAACUUCGUCUACUAGUCGGGACUCGGUCAGUGAAGUACCGUCAGUGGAGGGGACGGGAGUAUUGAACCAGAAGGGCAUGGGCAUGGUUAAGCAGAACAGCGUUUCCAAAGAAGACGUGAAGAUUGAAGAAGGUUCAAGAAAAGAUUCGAAAGAUGAACGGAAGGAGUCGAGGGAGGAGAGACGCGAUGCCAAGGACGACAGGAGGGAGAAAGGAGAUUCUCUUCCAAGAGGAAUAGAAGGUAGUGGGAUGACGUCUAUUAUGGACACCAGACGUGUUUUCUCGCUUGCGGCGGGAUGCUUCGGUGUUGGCUUGCGGCCGAUACAUUUUCGGCUAACAGCCGAACCCACGAGCGGCGAAGCCGGGUCACUAGAAAGUCCUGACCGACCACGGAAAUACCCCAUGAAAAUCUUUUUCCCCUAGGGUAGUUAACGUCUCGUGAUUUACAUAUUAUUCACCUGAUAUAAGUUCGGAAUUUGUCGCGCAGAAAACGUGUUAGUGUGUUUGAAAGCUUGAGUGAAGAGUGGAGUGACAUAUGACUUCCAUUCGUAAUUCCCUUCGUUAGAAAUUCGCAAGGUCAUAAUGUUUAAUGAAAAGAUGUCCGUUUCCCCAUACUAUCUGAGAAAAGCUUGAUCGAUUUCCUAUUUACAUUUCGGCGACAUCGGAACAACCCCUUCUAGUUUGUCUCGAAAGUUUUAAAGUUUAUACACACCACAGUGUAAAGUUGCUUGACGAAGCAUGGUUAUACAUGGUCUAAUUCUUCCAUUGUAACGUUUUGUGGCAGCUCCUACUCUCGAGCCAGUGAAGUUGGCCGAGCCUGCCGUGCCUCUUGCACAGCCAGAAGAAGUUGAUCAAAUCGAAGAGAAGACCGAAGAAUCCUGGGUACAAGAAUGGAUCGUCAUGGCGCACAGACUUGUGGGAGCCGGCAUGACACUCUCGUUACCAGUUCCCGAAGGAGAGAACUAUUUCGCGCCACUUCCUGAUAUUCUCCCGUUUGCACCGCACGUGGCUUCUUUGUACAGGUAAAAAAAAAUUGGAUCAAUUGAGCUCUCUAGUUAACUGCCCACCUACCCCUCCCUUAAGCCAGCAUUAACACUUACUUCUCACUUAUAAAACUUAUAGAAUUUGUUUACACCUCUCAAAGGUGCAUGAUCGUUAUUCUAGUAAUUCAUCGAUGGAGUCCUUUUGGUGCUUUUCCGGUUGAAAUUAUGGUGUUGUUUGUGUCUAAUCGAGCGAUGUAUUUUCAGAUGUAACUUUGCCCUCAUGCUGCUGGCGGAGUUAGUUCUUGAUCAGGCUUCAGUUGACUGGGCACAACAUCUUCCUCUUAUGCUUCAUGUCAUUUUCCUGGGUGAGUUAAGUGUUCUCUUGGAUGAAAGUCAGAAUGCGCGCAGAAAUCAGAUAAACUAACCCGAUUUGAAAACAUUGAAACUUUUGUGCCAAGCGCGUAAUCUGAGGAAUUAACAAUCGUUUUUGAUUGGUUGAGAAAUUGGUACGAUUCAAAUUUUCAUCCAAUCGCCAGAAAGCGCAACAAUGCAAAACCAAGUCAAUGACGAAACAACUUGCGAUUCUCGACUGAAAAUUGCAUUGUAUGGCUAGCUUGGUCGUAUUUUCCAAAAGACUAUGGACAAAAAAAGCGUAAACCACCUCGUUUAUCAAUGCAUAGACCGACGAAUUGUUGACUUGUUUGCUUCCAUAGUAGACUGACGAAGUGUGUACUAAUACGAUGUAUAUAUUCCCUCAGCUCUGGAUCACGGAAAAGCAUUGGUUUAUGAACACAGCAAGAGAUUGCUAGUCAACCUCAUCGUUGUGCUGGUUUGCCGUGGCGAUCACGUGGCCUUAGCCCAGUCCCUCUCCAACUUCAUUACCAUUUCAGAGCAGGGUUUGGGUAAAUAUAGCUUGUUGAAAUCAUCUUGGACACUUGAUGUUGGCAAUAUCGUUGGUGUGGCUGGUCCCGGUGCAGGCGCUGGGGUUGGUGGGGGGAGUAAUGUGGAUCGUGAUGCUGUCAGUGCAGGCACUGGCGUAUCAGAGUAAGUAGCAGUUCAACAAAACUCGAGUAUCAAAAUUUAAAUUCUCAUUUUCUACCCCUACCCAUUUCCUAUGAAACUUGUUGGGAGAAGUUAUUUAAAUUUUUAUCAAGUUCAUCUUGUGUGAUCAUGUCCUUAAUUCUCGUGACCACUCUGUGUUACAAAGCAUUGACAGUACGAGGAGAAAUUUGAUACUGAUCACUCACAAGUCGUAAAAUAUUAUUAAAGGUGUAGAUAAACAGGUUCUUGGAUUUCGCUAUUUUAGUAUCCCCUGACUUACUCGUUAUUUCAUGUUUGUCUUUAGGUCUGCUGCUGGCGGCAGUUCUCUUGAUCAGACCUUACCUCCAAACGAAAACAACGCCAACAGACUUGUGGAACAGAUCCAGGAACUUAUUGACUUCCUUGCAAAUAGGUGAAUACAUAGGUUAAUUUGUAAUGAAAAAUAACAUGUGAAAAGUUAUCGACAGUCAAAGAAAGAGCGCAUCACCCUCAUUAGGUUAAUUUUUUCUUUUACUACUUAUCUAUAUUGGACUCGAUUACCAGCUUUUUGUGUGCCGUUGUCGAGAGUAGGGUGCAAACCAGACUCACUCAACUUGCAGUACAUUGAGCCUAUACCGUUGUGUUAUGCCUGUUGUAGUGAAGGAAAGAUAAAAAUGCUGGUCAGUCAUUUCUUAUUUCCAACUCGUUGUGGAGAAGAAACUAAGUUAGGUUCGCUAAAGGAUAACAUUUUUCUUUGAUGAUGUCAGCGUGGAUCGAGUUUUAACUUUUCAAGUGGCAGUAAACAUAAGAGAUUUCGAGCUCAGCAAGAGUUAGUAACCAACCACUUGGUGAAGUUAACUAUCCAUCUUGCUUUUUCAUUUAGUGACUGCAAACCUCUGUGGGCUUUCGAAGAGAUCACACCCCGUUCAUACAAGAUUAAAAGCGCCGAACAGUUGGAGUUGUUUGUAGCGUCAGUAGUUAAGAUAUUCCAAGCGUCUGAUUCGGGAACACAAGUUCAAGAAAAAAUGGCCAAGGUAGCGCUACAGUGGGCCACCUCAUGCUCCUCAAGGCACUACGCGGGUAGGUCCUUUCAGGUGUUCAGGGCCCUUAAGGUACCUCUUUCUUGGUCCAUGCUCUCUGAUGUGCUGUCAAGGCUGGUUGAGUCCGUUGGAGAUGGAAGCGAAGAUGUACAGGUAAUUUAGAGUAAAAUAAUAGGCAUUUCUGUGCAUCAGCCAUGCAGCUGAAAUCGUUUGACUCCUUUCAGUGCUAAUGGUGCCAUAAUGACUAUAAAUAAAUAAAAAAAUUAAUAAAUAAAAAUGUACAGAUAAUUGUAAUGAUGACCAUGAUGGUUACGCUAACGCUAAUAACGAUGAAGAUACUAGAAAUGAAUUCCAUCAAUCCAAACUUUAUAGUUUUUUCCAAUUAUGGUUGGGACAUUUCUUAGCCCGGAACAGGCUAAGAACAAGAAUAACGUUUAAAGAAACAAAUUAUAGUACAUGUCUUCCCUAUACACUGGCUAUAAUUGAUUAUUCUGUGAAUGUUAACUUGGUGGCUCAGUUUAGGUUUAUGGGAAACUGCCCACCGACCCCUCCCCUAGGCCAUCAUUUUGCUGUAAGUGAGAAGUAAGAGUUAAUGUUAGCUUAGGGGAGGGGUAGGUGGAUAGUUUCCCAGAAACCUAAAUUGAUCCAACUUGCUUUUAUUGCACAGGGCUACGUCAUGGAAAUCCUGCUAACCUUGGAAGCAGCUUCUGAUUGGACACUCACGGACCAAUCACUUGCGAGCGAGUUGUCAAAUGGCCUGGAGCUGGGUCUUGGCUAUUACUUGGAGGAUGAGAAGGAAGAUUUGGUGGAUGAUUAUAACGUACACGUGGACGGUUCAGUUGGUUCGCUGGCCAAGUUCAGACAGGGAGGCCAUUUUCGGUCAUUGAGCAGUGGGUGUGAGUUGAAGAGGCACUCAUUCCUGUUCAAUCACUUCGGACGAUUGAAUGGCAGCAGGGAAGAUCCACAACUUAGAGAAAGAAGGUAACUCCUUCGUAUUUAAAACUAUGUCCAGCAUUGUGUGACCAAGCAAAUGAAAUCUCUUCAACAGUACUUUCUUUUUGGAUGGUAUUUUCUUUCCGCGGCCAUGUGUGAGUCUGUAUAAAAUCCUGCCUUGAGACCUUUCAAGUGAAUCUCCUUAAAAGUUCUUUCGCAUCGUACCACUUGUUUCGACGCUAACAUUUGAGUCUGUCGUUCAAUUCUUAUUCAUUCAUGCAAAUGAAACCUUUUCAGCAGUAUGUUUCAUUUUAGUGUUAUUUUAACUGAAAUGUUGGAUUGUUUUUACAUUAGAUCUAAUUGGCUGCAUUUCUUGAUUCUUUCUACAGCGUAAGUGUUCAGUGCCUGAAAACUCCGUCAGAAGCCCUUAAUCCUCAAAGCCAAGCUGACAUGGUGACUCGUGUUUUUUGGAUCGCUGUAUCGUUACUCGAGUCAGACUACGAACAUGAAUUUCUUAUGGCUAUUCACCUUCUUAACAAGGUUGGUUUGCACAAGAUUACAAAAUCAGCAACAGACUGCAGGACCUCUGUCUCGCCUGGUGUGGAAAACAGACUUAGAUUUAAGAACAAUAAGGGUUGUAUUAGACUUGUAGAAUUGCUGCUGAGAAACUGGGCUUUGUAUACUGUGCUUAUAUUGAGAAUAAUGAGAUGCUCUAUCACUGAGCUACAGAAGCCUGGUAGGAGCUAAUGUCACUAAACUAAGCUCAUGUAACAAACAUUCUGCAUACUGCUAUGACUGGAAUGUCAAUAGAUGACAUUCGCAGUAAUAUAAAUGAGAUAACAAAUUUCAACUGGCGUCAUGUCCACGACACCACGCUCACGACCAGGGUUAGGAUGACAUGACGACAUCGGCGAACUAUGAAUACCACAAUGAUUAAGGCGACGCUGAUACAAAUGCGUUAUUCACCGCGGAAAAUGUGCUUCACUUCUAGCUAAAUUUUAUUAAUUAUUAAAUAGUUCGUCUGUUUUGAAUAUUCUAAUAGUCCAGUUUGGAAUUCGUAGUGGCCGCUGAUUAAAAGCGUCAAAGACUCAUUGUACAGAGUUGGCCUUGACGUAAAGUAAAAUAUUCACCAAUGCCGAAGAGGUGCCUGAAUUUGAGUUUAAAACAGUAGACACAGUUGUGCACAGGUCUUCUUCUGACUGGAAUUUGUGAAUAUAUUUACCUUAGGUCGAGGCUAACCUUGCGCAAAUGAGUCCUGCGAAACUGAACUAUUUUUUUAGAUAAUCACUUUAUCCUUGUCAAGAACUCCCGAUACGUUACUAGUUAGAGCAUAUCAAGUUCAAAUUUGUUCUGAGAUCACAAGGUCUUCAAUUUGUGUAUGACAGCAUUUUCUGUUUCUUGUUUCUAGGUGUUGUCAGUAUUGGAUUUGAGCCACCAUGAUUCUCGCGAGAAACUUGACAAAGUCCUUCACAAGCUCAAGUGGAAUGACUUUCCUGGGCUACAGGCGCUUCUUUUGAAGGUAACUAAGACAGUAAUGCAGGGUUCGUACAGAUCCUGCAAAACCUGAAAAGUCAUGGAAUAGACCUUUUUACCGAUACGACGGCCAUAUUGAAUUUAUUAGAUUUAAGGAGUAUUUUGGGUGCCCAGGGCGCACUCGCUCAGUAUUUACGCGCGCUUUUCGGGCAAAAAGAGAACUUCAGUGUAUAUUUCUCUGGAAAAGGCGAUUGUUAUUACAUCCAAACAGGGCACAACAAUCUUUUUUUCUCAUUACAAUCUUUUUCUAGGAAAACUUUAAGAAAAAUUAGCCCGAACAGCGCGCGCAAAUACUGAUGCGAGUAUACGAGAUCGUGCUCAUGCCCCCUGGGCAUCCCAUAAUACUCAUUAAAUCCAAUUAAUUCAAUAUGGCCGCCGUAUCGGUAAAAAUGUCUAUUUAAGAAUUUCUCUUUCGAGGCCUGGAAAGUCACGGAAUUUAACUGUCGGUCCUUAAAAGUCAUGGAAAAUGAGAGUUUUGUUUGAUAAAUUUGUUACUGUAGAUGACAAGGCAAGGACAAUGAUAGAGAGGAGUAAUUAAACAGCGCAAACUGCAGACAUUUUGGUUGGCACCAGAGUUUGUGUCUGUUGAAUUGUUUAAAGUCAAAAAGUACCCUAAAACAAGGAAAGUUUUUAAAAUUUUUGAAACUGACAGCGGAACCUAAGGUCUUGGAAAACUUAAAAAGGGCAUGGAAAAAGGCAUGGAAUUUGAAGAGCUCAAAAGGAUACAAACCCUGUGAUGAUGCCAUCCCGGCUUGUUAUUUCAUGAGUCUCCACAAGGCGAACACUUGCUUAGGGCGGCUGCUAUACUAAUAGCGUAAUACUCAUCGGUGCUCGUCUUAUAGAGAGCUGAGUGUAUUAUUAGGCCAGAAUAUCAGACAUCGUGGCUUUACUCAACAUGUUUGAGGUCCGUUUCACGCAGAUAUGUGACCCAACCUUGAAACGACAUAAUUAUGGUAGUUUUUAGCCUUUGUUUUGGAGAAAUCCUCUGACAAGCUGUCAUCGUACUUCAUUUUAAUGGCGUUAUUUAACGAACCGCUUUUGUAAAGAAGUAACUGCUGCCAUAGUUAAAAUGCAUGUCCGUUUUCCAAAAUGUUCUGUAGAUAUGUUAAUUUUUCUGACUUUCAUCGUUUGGAUAUUUUUUUAGGGUGUCACAAAUGUAGCAACUUCUGAGCCUUCUCUUCAUCUGCUGGCCAAACUUACUGUUUUCUCAAAUGUUGCUCUCGUGGACCCCUCGCAGGCAGCUGGU